CCUGUCUCCACAGUAUGUUUUCAAGGGGGCGGCUAUCCGAUUAGCAUGGAGGCAGUAACUGAAAAACGAAGCUAAAAGUUCAAAUGUCUGCGGUUUAACAAGUUGUGCCAAGGCAUUUAGGUCAAAGGAUUGACUGACUUCAAACCAGCAGAAGACUGAACAAUGGGCCAGAGAAGGAAAGUUGGAUCUAUGAACACUCCUUCAUUGCAGAGUGAAUCUGCAGACGCUUCCAAGGUCCACAGCCGGAAGCACAACAUCUGCAUGGUGUCAGACUUUUUCUAUCCAAAUAUGGGAGGAGUAGAAAGUCAUAUUUACCACCUGUCUCAGUGUCUGAUCGAAAAGGGACACAAGGUGGUAAUCGCCACGCACGCCUAUGGCAAUAGGAAAGGUGUCCGGUACCUGACCAACGGCCUGAAGGUCUACUACCUGCCCCUGCAGGUGAUGUACAACCAGUCCACAGCCACCACCUGCUUCCACAGCCUCCCUCUGCUGCGCUGUGUUUUUGUCAGGGAGCGCAUCACCGUGGUGCACGCACACAGCUCCUUCUCUGCUAUGGCCCACGAUGCACUGUUCCACGCCAAGACGAUGGGCCUGAACACGGUGUUCACUGACCACUCUCUCUUUGGCUUUGCUGACGUCAGCUCUGUGUUGACCAACAAGCUCCUGACCGUGUCGCUGUGUGACACCAACCACAUCGUGUGUGUCUCGUACACCAGUAAGGAGAACACGGUUCUCCGGGCAGCCCUAAACCCAGAGAUUGUGUCCGUUAUCCCCAACGCCGUCGACCCCACGGAUUUCACCCCGGAUCCUUCGAAGCGUCCACCCGACCGGAUCACAAUUGUUGUCAUCAGCCGGCUUGUCUACCGUAAAGGAAUCGACCUGCUUGGUGGAAUAAUCCCAGAACUUUGCCUCAAACAUCCCGAUCUGCAUUUCUUAAUUGGGGGCGAGGGACCGAAGAGACUCGUGCUGGAGGAAGUGAGAGAAAAAUACCAACUUCAUGACAGGGUUCGUCUGCUUGGUGCCCUGGAACAUAAAGACGUGCGGGGCGUCUUGGUUCAAGGUCACAUCUUCCUCAACACAUCGCUGACCGAGGCCUUCUGCAUGGCCAUCGUGGAGGGAGCCAGCUGUGGGCUGCAGGUGGUGAGCACUCGCGUGGGUGGAAUUCCUGAGGUGCUACCCGAGGAUCUGAUCACGCUGUGUGAGCCGACCGUUCGCUCCUUGUGUGCCGGUUUAGAAAAAGUAAUUGCCAAGCAGAGGUCCGGCUCGGUGCCCUCACCUGCCUCCAUCCAUUCUCGGGUGAAAAACCUCUACACAUGGAAAAAUGUGGCCGAGAGGACCGAAAAGGUGUAUGACAGAGUAGCUGGAGAAGAUGUGCUUCCACUGGACAGGAGGUUACGGAGACUCAGGUCUCACUGCGGCCCUGUUGCAGGCUCCAUCUUCGCCCUUUUGGCCGUGCUGGACUUCCUGCUCCUGCUGCUCCUGCGGUGGUUGGCACCCGACCGGCACAUGGACACGGCUGUUGAUGCCACAGGCCCAAAUGGACUGUGGAAGGAGAAUAGGAAGAGCAGCGAUGCUGGUUGCUAAUGUGCCAUGAAGCGAGUAUCGGAAACGAAAACUUCUUCUCUUCAGCUCUUGACAGCGUGUUGCAGGAGUCCAACUGAAUGUGCUCAGGAGAAUCCUUAACGAUGUUUACAUUUUAUUAUCAAAAGGGAGUUUGUGUUAAAAGGUGUUUUUGCACUUCUUAAAGAUUCAUACACCCAUAUGAUUCAGUGCAAAAACGUCCUUCUUUGUUUCUUUAUACUUCAUUUAAAAUAAAAGGAAGUAUGAAGAAACUUCUUUUAAAAUUGAUUUAAACUGGCCCUGAUUUGUACAUCUGAAUUUUUUGGGGGUGGAAUAUCUUCAUAGUUUUUUAUAUUUACAAUUUUGCAGCUUGACAGUUUAUUUCUGAUCCUUAUUUUCUCUCGUCCACAUUGUCUACUUUUGACGUAUUUGUUGAAACUGUCACUAUGUCAUAACACUAUGGUAUGAAACAGAUAAUCUGUGAAAAAAAGGGCUCCUUUGUCUUCUCCCAGUGCUCCCAGUGAUAAGUACAAACAGCCAAUCAGAGCCAGGAGGCAGGUCUCAAUCACAAACUAGUGUGGCGCUACUCAUCCUCUCCCUGUCCUUCUGCUACGCUGCUGCUAGCAAAGCCUGUUGUGAAUGCUUAUUAUAGUUAGCGUGGUCAUUGAUGAUGAUGGAUAAAUGGUUUUUCUGUAGCGGUUAAGUGGUUUCUCCCCCAUUAGCACAUUUAGCAGUGAGCACAUGUGGAUGAUUGACAGCACUAAAACCCUCCUCCCGUUCUGGAUUGGUUGGUAUUGAUCAGGUAGCUCUGGGAAGAGGUGCAGGAGAUUGAUCUUUUCAGAGAUAAUCGAUCUCAUAACCUACUGUCACAACAUGGUGAAAUCAUAUUGUUUCCAAAAGUUACAUACUACAGUCUUGACUCAUUUUUAACCACAUACUGCCCAAGUACCAGAACUGCAUACUGCUUCUUAAAAUAAGCACAAAAAAGGAGGGAGAGUCCAAAGGAAACUGUUGAUGAAUAGACCAAGACAACUGUAAAAACUUGAGACAGAAAUCUGACUCUCUGAAAAAGAAGCAUGAAGAACUCAGAUUUUAAACUUUUGCACAGUGCCAUUAUUGCACAGAAAGAAAGGGGAAUGGAAAACAUAUUUAAAUCUACAAAGAACAAAAAAUUAUCUGGUGGACCUUGUUGUAUGAUUUAUAAAAUAUACUUUUAUAAAAAAGUUUUAUGUCAUGAGAGUUUUUAUCAUUUGACCUAAAAUCAA